AUGCGUGUAGGGACUCUCCCAAGCCGUGAGAUAAAUUUUUCCAAUUUAUCCCCGCCGCCGGGACCCGGCUUCGCCCUUUGGUUGACGGCAGCUGUCCGCGCUGGAAGUUCAGAGACUGUCCGAGCUUAUCAAGACCAGGAUAUCUUUAACAUGCCAUACACUGAUCAUGAUGUAGGGGUCCAGGCUAGACGCAUGGACCACUUGAGACGGACAGAAAAGCAGUCUGUUGACGAUAUUUCCCGGGUAGUAUCUAUCAAAAAACUGUUUCACUGCCACGUAGAUUCAUUUAAUCAUUUCGUCAACUCAGGAUUAAGUGAUAUUGUGCGUGGUGUGGAGAGUCAACAUAUUUCAGUAGGACCUGGAUCGCGACAGGUCGAUAUAUGGUUGGAAGACUUGAAGAUUGAAUCGCUGAGGAGCAAAGUGAGUGCUGUGGCAACGUCGUCUUCACAAACACCUAGAUCGUGCCGUGAGGUGGGCGAAACGUACAAGACAUCGAUGUCAGUAUCAUAUUGCUGGCGAUUACAGGGUAACGAUGCUAUGCAACGACGCGUUGUGCAGCUUGGUCAGUGUCCUGUGAUGGUACAGUCAAACGUGUGCUCACUUGCCCGGCUCUGCCCAGCAGAGUUGGUAGCGUUUGGUGAAGAAGCAAAUGAGGCUGGAGGAUAUUUCAUCAUAAAUGGCAUUGAGCGAAUGAUUCGUAUGAUCAUAAUGCAAAGAAGGCAUCAUAUUCUUGGACUUCGUAGACGAGCCUUCCUGAAACGUUCACCACUUUUCACCGAGUACGCGACUGUUAUGCGAUGCGUGAGCAACGAUGAGCACUCUUCUACAAUUCGCUUACAUUAUAUGCGCAAUGGUUCGUUAAAAGUUGCUUUCCAACAUCGUAGAGAGGAAUUCUUUAUCCCAGCUGGCUUAGUCCUACGCUCACUUGUGGCCUGUUCAGAUGCUGAGCUGCAUGAACGAGCAUGUAUGGAACUACUAGGUACUAGCAGUCAUGAGGAGACUUUCGUGAAGGAACGCCUUGCCAUUAUUCAGGAAGAAUGUCAAUCGCUUUAUAUAUUUACACAAAUUAGUGCGCUAUCGUACUUGGGACAGCAUUUCCGCACUCUCCUAGAAGCUUCCGCAAGUGAAAGUGAUGCUGCUGUCGGGGAACGCUUCUUGCGUGAUACUAUUUUUAUUCAUCUGUCUCGCAAUGGAGACAAACUCUCGUUGUUACUGCUCAUGAUGAAUAAAUUACUCACGCUCGUUACCGGAGGCUGUGGACCGGACGAUCCUGAUUCACUCGUGAAUCAAGAGGUUUUGCUUCCUGGCCUCCUUCUCCAGAAAAUUGUUCGUGAAAAGAUACAGAUAUCUUUCCAGAAGGUGCUCACUCAAAUAAGGGGUUUGGACUGUCGAAUCAACGAGGACAUAGGUCGAGUCAUUGAUGAGACUGCGUCCUUAGAUAUUGGUAAAGCCCUUGAAUAUAUCCUGGCAACUGGUAACCUAGUCAGUCCAACAGGCUUGGGCCUGAGCCAGGCAAGCGGUUUCACAAUUGUUGCGGAGAAACUGAACUACUUCAGAUAUCUGUCUCAUUUUCGCUCGGUUCACAGGGGAGCAUAUUUUAUGGAACUACGAACGACGGCGGUUCGGAAGCUACUACCUGAAUCAUGGGGCUUCUUGUGUCCAGUUCAUACUCCAGACGGCUCACCCUGCGGUCUGUUGAACCAUCUCACAGAAAUGUGCGAGGUCGUCGUACCCGAUAAAGAUCCGCUAGUCCGUUCAGAACGACUGGAUCUUAUCAAGUCAAAGCUAGCCUGGGCUUUGGUAGAUGCAGAGCAUAGAAGUAGAUUCCAUCAUAGUGUGCCUGUCAUCGUUGAAGGAGUUCACAUGGGCUACAUUUCAAUUGCUGACGUUGAGCGAGCCGUGGCCGCUCUGAGAGAAGCGAAAACUGGAUCCCAGCUCUCGCUUCAAAUGACAGAAAUUUGUCAUAUCCCCGUACACGGUGAGCAUGGUUUGUUUCCGGGCCUGUAUAUUUUCUAUGGUCCCUCAAGGCUAAUGAGGCCGGUGCAGCAAGUGCAUACUGGCAAAAUUGAACUCGUUGGGACGUUGGAACAAUCUUUUCUAUCAAUUUGCUCGCUCAGAAAAGAAAUGAAUGAUAUCUUCACGCAUUCAGAACUGAAGAUGACUUCUGCAUUGAGUUGUAUUGCAAGCCUGACUCCAUGGUCAGACUUCAAUCAGAGUCCUCGCAACAUGUAUCAGUGUCAGAUGGCUAAACAAACCAUGGGGACGCCCAUGCAUAGUAUUUGCUUUCGGAGUGACACUAAGCUUUAUCGAUUGCACACUCCACAGCGCCCAGUAGCGCUUACUUAUACGUACGACAAGUACGCUCUGGACAAUUAUGCACUUGGUACAAACGCUGUUGUUGCAGUCCUGGCAUAUACAGGGUAUGAUAUGGAAGAUGCUAUGAUAUUGAACAAGGGCUCACUUACUCGCGGCUUUGCACACGCAACGCUGUAUAAAACUAUCGUCGAGACUGCCUCAAAGCACGAGUUAAUCGGUAUGAACGCUUCGCAAUCACGCACCAAUGAGCACAUCGACAGUUUCGGUACAGUCGAUGUCGGUUCCGUUGCGUCACCCGGAUCCACAGUGCUGAGGGUGAAUAAUGGCGAAGGGUUGACGAAAUCUCGACAAAUACGUAUAAAGGGCACAGAUCCGGCCGUUGUCGAUCGUGUUGUGUUGACUUCUACAACUCAAAAGGGAAAUCAGAAUGUUAAACGUGCAGCAAUAACUUUUCGGUAUGAUCGGAAUCCAGUCAUAGGUGAUAAGUUCAGCAGUCGGCACGGGCAGAAAGGUGUCCUUAGUUUCCUAUGGCCCGAGGAAGACAUGCCUUUUUGCGAACGGACAGGUGUUCGCCCCGAUGUCAUCAUUAAUCCACAUGCCUUUCCCUCCCGCAUGACAAUUGGCAUGCUAGUUGAAAGUUUGGCUUCGAAAGCUGGAGCCAUGGCUGCCGUAUUCGCUGAUGCAACACCGUUUAAACGGGAUAAAAAGUACUCUUCUCCAGCAGAGCGGUAUGGUAGCUUGUUACGAGAGCAUGGUUAUAACUUUUGUGGUAACGAGUCUAUGAUCAACGGUUACACUGGGGAGAGCUUCAGCGUUGAUAUUUUCAUUGGCAUUGUGUACUAUCAACGUCUUCGUCACAUGGUGAGUGAUAAGUUCCAAGUGCGCUCCACUGGACCAAAUAAUCCGCUUACAAAGCAGCCCAUCAAAGGAAGAAAAUCUGGUGGUGGGAUUCGAUUUGGGGAAAUGGAGCGCGACUCACUUCUCGCUCAUGGCGCUGCAUACUUGCUGCGUGAUCGACUGAAUAUGUGUUCAGACAAUCAAGAUACUUGGGUGUGCAAGGUGUGCGGUAGUUUACUCGCCCCACUUACCAUGUGUAUGGCAACAAGUUGCGGUGAAAAGUAUGCAUCGCAAAGAACGAGAUGCAGAGUUUGCGAGUCUAAUACCUCUGUUGAGAUAGUUUCUGUUCCGCACGUUUUCAUCUAUCUUGCAACUGAGCUCGCCGCAAUGAACAUAUCGAUACAACUGAAAGCCCGUUGA